UUUCCUAAAUCAAAUGAUGAAUUUGUUGAUAUUUUAGAACAAGCCCAAGAUAUAAAGUUUAAAUUUACGAAAUUGUGUUCUAUAGCCAAAAUAAAUUCAUCAUAUCCAGAAUCAGAAAAACUUCAUUUUUGAUAAAUUUAUCAGAAUGGCCAAUAAUGAAGAAUAUUUAAAAAAAAUUAUUGCUUUCAUUGAUGAUUACAAUCUUCUAAUAAAUUGUCACUUAGUUGACUUUAUUACUCAUGAUCUUUGGAAUAAAUGUAUAUCAAGUUCUCUGAGGACUCAACUUCACAAAUUUCAGAACAGUAAUGUCAACAUAUUUAAAAAUGUAAGUGAGAAUAAUUCUCAUGAAUUAUUGAAUUUCUUCGAUCAAAUUGAUAAUCUAAGUUUAAAGAAUUAUUCUGGUGUAUUAAAUAUAGAUAAUUUGUCAACUUUUGCUUCUCUGAACGAUAAUAGCUGGAAUGAAAUCUUUAGAAAUAAUAAUUCUCACGAGUUUAUGAAAGAUAAAAAAAAAUAUGAAAUUUCUUUGUUUACAAAAGUAAUUGGAUAUUUAUCAAAACUAAAUUCAAGUUUAGUGAUCGAUGUUGGAGCUGGAAAAGGAUAUUUAGCUACAAGUUUAUAUCAAAAUUAUAAAAUACCUGUAUUAGCUAUUGACUCAUGCGAAUCAAGACAUAAAAGUGCUCUAAAUCGACAAGAAUUGAUAAAAAAAAAAACACAUGAAUCUUUUCCAUUGGUUCAUCAUUCAGUUCAAUUUAUUGAUGAUACAGUUGACUAUUCAAAAUUAGUACAAAAAUGUUUUAAAAUUAACGAUAAUACUAUUAAUAAAAAAGAUAAUUUCCUACUCGCUGGAUUACAUACUUGUGGAUCUUUAGCAGUUGCUAUGAUCAAAGCUUUUUUGAACUCUAACUGUUUAAAAAGCUUAUGUGUUGUUGCUUGUUGUUAUCAUUUAACCGACGAAUCACUAACUGGAACAUUGAAGUUAUCCAAAAACUCUAGAAUGUUAGCUCAACAGUCCGUUGAUCGAAGUAUUGUGAAGAAGCAACUAUCUCCAUCAUUAUUUUAUCGAGCUUUAUUACAAGUUCUUUUAAAAUCUUUUGACUCAACUCAUGUCAAAAUAGGUAAAGGUGGUCCCUUAAACGAUUUUCCAACAUACGCAAUGUGGGCACUAAACAAAAUAGGUCUUCCAGAAAAUCAAAUACCAUCUUUAAGUGAAUUAACAAAUUUAUACAAUACACAUGCUGAUAAAGAAUGGAAAUUGAAUGCUUUUCAAUAUCUUAGGAUUCAUUUAGGUUCAAUAAUUGAAGCUGCUAUAAUUCUCGACAGAGUUGUUUAUUUAGAACGAAGUAAAAAAUGUUCAAAAUUGUCUAUAGUCCGUCUGUUUAAUCCUUUAUUAUCUCCAAGAUGUUAUGCAAUUGUUGCAUUAAAAUAAUUUUGUGCACAUAAAGAUAUGUUAUCUAAUUGAAAAGAAAGUAAAAAAGAUGAUUUUAUUAUGAGUAAAAAUAAUUUUUUAUAAACAUUUUAAGAGCUUAUAUAAAAUAAAUGAUUAU